ACCUGCGCUUCAGCGUGUGAUGAAGAUGUGCGAUUCUCUCAGUUCAGUGUGAAGAAUCCGAUCAGCCAAUCAACAGCCUCCUCCAGCUCCUCCUGCUCUCUGAUUGGUCCUCGGCGUGACAGACUCUCACAUUACGAGCUUCAUCUUCUCACAUCUUGAGCAGAAAGUGAGACUCGAAGAACUGAAACACUGAAACUCUUUCAGACCUUGUUUUUACUUCAGUGAAGAUGAACAGCAGGAAUCAGGAGUGUGUGGAAGCGCCCAGAUAUCUCAGUAAAGAGGAGGCAGUCGCCAUGGAGACGGAGUUGCUAAGGGAUUAUCGUUUCGGACGGCAACAGCUGACGGAGAUACUGGGACACGCGUGUGCGAUCGCCAUCGCAAAGGCCUUCCCGCUGUCGUCUCUGGAGAAGCGGCAGCCCACGGUGCUGGUGAUCUGUGGACCGGAUCAGAACGGCUGCGUGGGACUGGCCUGUGCCCGACAUCUCCAUGUGUUUGAAUACAUUCCCACAGUGUUCAGUCCCAAACGCUCCCCGGACAGCCUGCAUCAGGACCUGACGGUGCAGUGCGAGCGGAUGGACCUGCCGUUCCUGUCCUACCUGCCCACCGAGGUGCAACUAAUCAAUGAUGCAUAUAACGUGGUUGUGGACGCGGUUCUGGGUCCAGAAACCGAACUGAAGGCCAUCGAUGAGCCGUUGACUGGCAUCCUGCAGACUCUACGAGGACUCAAAGUCCCCAUCGCCAGCCUGGACAUCCCGUCAGGCUGGGACGCCGAUGAAUCCAGUUCGGAGGGAAUCAGUCCUGCGGUUCUGGUUUCCUUGAUGACUCCCAAGAGAUGUGCCCUGAGCUUCCCUGGAUCUCACUUCCUGGCCGGACGCUUCCUGCCCUACGACAUCCAGAAGAAGUACGAGCUGAACUUGCCCAAGUUCUCUGGAACAGAUUCUGUCGUGGAGCUGUGAUCAAGUUUAUCAGUGUCAGUGCCACAAACAACUCGACAAGAGUGAUGUGAAUGUUGGAUUUUAUUAAAAUAUAAAUGUUCAGCCAAUGUUCUUCCAGUGUUACAUUUACUGAAUAAAGUUUGUCCAAACUAAAAUGCUGCUC